CCCAGCACCCUGCCUCUCUCUGGGUGACUGGAGGCCUGCCAGUCUGCUCCUGUCUGUCACCAGCCGGCUGCUGGAUCAGCGUUAUCUGCAGUGCUAAGUGCCGCCACAGACGACAGGCCAACCCAGGACCAGCAGAGACAGUCAGGCCCGCCUGCAAACAGGAAACACAGGAAGGGUUGUGCUGGGGCUGGUGUUAAGGCUGUGGGUGGGGCUGGGGGGUUGAGGCUGAGGCUGUGGUUGAGGCUGGGGUUGAGGCUGGGGCUGACCCCCUGUCUGGCCCCAGACCCAGGGGUCCGUCCAGGCACUAAUGCAGGGGACACUCAGCCAAAUUGCUCUCUAAUUUCCCUCUGGUCACAGAGGAACCUCGCUUGUCCUCGAAAUUCAGACGCGUGUGUUUGGUCUGUCUCCAUAUCACUCCUCCAUUUGAUCAUUUCUCACUCAAGUUCUCGUUCCACCUCCCCCUCUUUAAACCCUGUUAAAUAGAAUAAUUGAUGGAAAAACUGGUGAUGCUUCAAAUAAGAAAUAUUUUUUUUCUAUUAUUCUUCAUUAACUGCUUCUGAGGCUAUUGCAUACCCCACAAAAAAUUGUAGCUCGAUUUCAAAUUAUGUUCCAUUGAAUUGUAGCUGUAGUCAGACAGGAGUUCCCCAGGUGGCAGGGUGACCAGUGUGAUCCACGCGUCCACACCCAAAGGAGGGCUUACAGACGCUGGCCAGGAGCCUCCUCUCAGCUCCUCUCCAGACUCCCCUCUCAGCGAGGGAGCACAGACACCAGAGACACGUUACCGGUACACAGCUAACCGUCGACGCCAGUCUUCUGUCAAGACCCUCGCAGACAAACUUGACAGUGGUAUUUAAAUUUCAAAAAUGACUAUUUGUUGUGAAUCCUGCACGAGUCCUUCGAGCGCCCAGUGUGGUUCUCCCGCUUCGUCGCAUCCUCGCGCUAUGGAGACCCGCCAAACAAGCUGCAAAAGAUUCAGGUCCACCAAGGGGGCGUCCAAAGCCAGGCGAGACCAGAUCAACGUGGAGAUCCGCAGCAUGAGAGCCCUGCUGCCCCUGCCCCAGGAGGAGGUGGACAGGCUGUCCUACCUCCACUCCAUGUCCCUCAUCUGUGCCUUCCUCAGGAAGACCCUCCUCCUCCAGGGGCUGUCGGCUGGACAGGGACGUGAGUGUGGCCUGCCUUGCGAGGCCUUCCUGAACGCUCUGCCUGGCUUCAUCCUGGUCCUCAGGGCAGACAGCAGGCUGCUGUAUGUGUCUGAGAAUGUGUGUGAUUACCUGGGAUACUCCAUGGUGGAUGUUCUCCAGGGAGACUCUUUCUAUGACAUGGUGGAACAUCCCGACCUCGAAGCCGUGAGAUCUCACCUGGAGAUGGACCCUACCUCAUCCACAGAGAGAAGCUUCAUGUGCCGCAUGCACACCUCCAAGUCCUUCAGGCUGCAGCAUGGCAGCUGUUCCCUGCUGGUGAGGGGGCGCUACCACCCCCUGCCCCCCUGUUCCCAGCCGGGCUCUCCAGACCAGCGCGUGUUCACAGCCCUCUGCACCCCCACAGCUGACCACCAGGGGAGCAGUGCUGCCUCUCGCUCCCACAACUGCUUUACCAGCAGCCACAGACCAGACAUGACCUUCACGCAGCUGUCUGACAGUGUGCUGUUCCACUUGGGCUGCUCUGCAGAGGAGAUGAUUGGUCGGUCCUGGUACAGCUUCCUCCACCCAGACGACCUCUCCUUGGGCGCCAGCUCCCACAAGAAUCUAAUGCAGGCAGACGAGGGAUCUCAGGUGGAGAUGGUACUGAGACUGCAGAGCAGAGAGCUCAGCUGGAACUGGCUCUACAUCUGUGCCACCAGGGACACUGGAGGCCAAGGGAUGAGCUGCACAAACUACACCGUCAGUGAAACUGAAGCGGCAUACCUCAGGCAGAAAAUCCACAGUGACACCUACUGCCCCUCUCCCACCCCCCAGCUGCCCCUGGCCCAGGGGAACUGCCCCGGGAGGGGUUCCAAGAGGCAGAGGGGUCCCAGCUGUGAAGACCUCCAGCCCAGGGCCAAGGCGGCGCGUGCGUCGGACCCAGAUGUCUAUUACAUGACGUGUUCCUCCUCGGACAGUGUCUCUCCCACCUCCACCAGCGACACACACGCCCUGUUCUGCACCCCUCCCUACAGCCCCACCUCCUCCCAAUCCCCUCCGCAGCAGGAAGACACUAGCUCGGACUUCCUGUUGGAGGUGUACGGCUACACUGUGCAGCUGCUGCCCUCUCCUGACAGCUCUCCUCCGUACUACCCCCACCCAGACCCCCACCCUGCCCACAUGCCCCUCCCGCUUGGCCUGGAGCAGGCUUACGACCAGGGGGUCUACUCCCUGGCUGGUCCCCACUCUCCAGAGUCCUGCCCGUCUCCCAGCUGUGAUUACCCAGACUGCACUGCUGACGCUCACCUGGUGCCUGACUGCCUGUCUGUGUCUGACAGUGAGAACUGUGCAGACUGUUCCCUCCACCCUGAAGACCCCCCCCUCCCUGUGCAGCCACCAGAGGGCGCCGGCUUCUUCCCAGCUCAGCACGUUCCCCAGGCUGUGAGCCCCGACCUCUCACCCAGCUCCACCUCUUCCUGCCAGUACAGCCAGAGAGAGCAGGAGGACAUCAGCAUCCUGGCUCAGCAGAUCUCCUGCCUGGCCAGCAGCUUCGACAGGUACCACACCCUGCGCCCAGCUGGGCCCCCCAGCCAGCUCCCCUCAGCCCCCACCCUGCCCUCAGCGUGUGACUGGAUACCACACCCUCCUCCUGUCCUUCCACCUCUCAAACCUCAACUAGUCCUGGACGAAGGCGUAUUCGACAGCAUCCUGAACGAUCUGGACAUGGUUCCAGACAAGGAGGUCAUGCCUCCCUGCUUCAGCCACCAGGCGGGGCCACGCUGUGGGCUGGAGGUAUCCCAGAACAGACCCCUGGACGUGGGCUCGCUGCAGCAGACUCCUGACGGGUCUCUUUCCUCCCUGGUGGAAAGUCUGGAUCAGUUGAGCCCAGCCUUCAGCCCCCUGGACACCCUCACCCUGCCUGCACCAUGCCACCAUCAACACUCUGAGUUGCAUCAACUCAACCAUUACCUGCACACCAGCCUCCGGCAAGGUCACCAAGAUGGGCUUGUUGAAGAAUCCAUGUACUGAAAUGAGUCCAUGACUUACAGUACAACCACUCGUAUGACAUAUUGUCAAAGCAGUCUGGGGCUUCUUGGCCGGAUUCAAAGAAGACUUUCUGAAGACGUGUUUGUCCUGCAGACGGGAGCAGGUUUCCCCGCUCCUCUGAAGAGACUUGGGAUGUUCCUGUUUUGAGGCUGCCUUAUGGACCAUCGUUACCAUGGUAGUCAUGUUACCAUGGUAGUCAUGUUACCAUGGUAGUCAUGUGAUCAUUGUUGUUGGGUUACAUGCUUCUCUGACAUUCCUUCCUGUAAACAGCUGUUAUUAAACCUUGGUACUGAUGUUUCUGUUAUUUCCAAUGUUUGUUUGGUGUUUUAAGGUAUAUAUAUAUUUGUAACACUCUCUGAUAGGGAGUUUAUGAGUAUUACUCUAAAGUUGAGAGACCAAAAUAUACUACUGAGCACUUUGUUAAUGUUACUGUGCUGUUUAAGGUGUUGUACAGGAUAAUAUGUGGUACGUAACUCUAAAGCCCUGAUCAGUUUGACGUCAACAGUUCAUGAACUACCUCAACUGUGCCUCUAGGAUCAUGUAACUAUGGUUACAUUACUGUUGCUAUUUAUAGUAUUUAUGGGUAGAGACACUGUUAUUUAGAGCUCCUUUGUGGAAAUUAUGAAUUCAUUCAAUCAGUUCAAUUUCAUUUUUAUCAGUGUCUACGAAGAAGUACUCUGCAAAAUAUCUUAAAGUUGUUUCUUUUGUA